AUAAACAAAUAAGGAACCCAUCAUGCUGCUAAGGUCUGAAAGAAUGUGGGACACUGAUUUAAUGUCAACAUUUUACAGUGCGCCAACAACUGUAAUCGUGGAUGUUUUUAGCAAAUAUCACAUGCUAUAAGUCACCAAAUGGGCCUUCUUGUCAUCUCCCUAUUUGUCAUCUUAUUUCCCAGGUUAUUCAUUUGUGAGAACUAGAGGGGUUUAAAGAUUGUCCAAAUCCAGGAUUCGUUUUUUAUGGGAUAUCAAGAACCCUGAAGAACAGUACGAAAGCAGAUCAACUUUAUAACUCAAGUUCACAUAUAUAAGUAGACUUUGCUGAAGACCAGUCCACACAUCAUUUAAGCGCAGCCUUUGAAAAUGGGGUUUACGAGCAGCCCCUGAAUGCAGCGCACGGGGCGCAGUCAGCUCCACAAGGCAGGGCCCGCCGAUGCCCCACAAUCCAGUUUCGAUCUGAUGUCAGGGAUUUCACGAUCACCGAUACAUGAACUGAUAUCUCUGUGUGUCAUUAUUAGAAGCAGCUCAGCAGAAAUGUGAGCUUUAAGAGAGAUAUAGGCCAUGAUUUUAAAUUAAAAUAGAUUUUAAUUAGGCUACCAGUGUCUUUUUAAUUCGGCCUGUUUGUGUUAAUGACUUAAUCACAUUCACGUGUAAAAACAAGAUGGUUUUAGUGGUAAAUAAAAUGUUCAGCACAUAAAUGAUCUGAUCUAAAGAGGGGAUCCCUGCAGCAGAAAUGCAAAUAAAGUGAUCUCAUGUGCUCAGGAUGUGGUGAUAGGUUUCAGGUUCGAUACUCAAACCCAAAUCCCCGUAUCAGUAAGCUAUCAAUACAUCGGGGUUCCCGCCUACCCCGAAACUUCUUCCAGGUGUUUACUACUGGGAGGAAGAAAACGGUUCGAUUGUUCGACCCAAAGUGGACGUUUGAGACGUGAGGGGAGCCCGCUGUGAGAGAAAAUGUCUGUUUGGACAGUUUUUGUCCUUUUGGGGACAGGACUGGCGACAGUAAACUGCGUUAAGUCCAAAGUGAGCUGCAGUGAAACUGCAAUGAAAUUUGAGGUUGAGAAGUCUUCACUGCCUCGAGUCUAUGACAAUAAACUGUGGCUCAGUGACACCAACAACGUCGCCUGCCAAGUCAAGUCCAACAGGACUCACUUCAUAGCCGUCGCCCCCCUGAACUCUUGUGGCACUCAGCUCGAGGAAAACGCUGAUAACCUAAUUUUCAAAAAUGAAAUCACAACAGUCUACAACGAAGUUCUGAUCACCAGGAAACACCUGCUGGAGUUGCGGUUCUACUGCCAGUAUCCCAAACGGGGAAACGUGAGAAAGAUCUUCACAGCACGCAGGGACAACAUCACUGUGUUCGAGAGAGGCUUCGGCACCUUCACCUACGUCUUCGAGUUCUACCGCAACAGCAAAUUCCAAAAUAUUAUUGAACCUGAUUCAUAUCCUGUGCAGUAUGAGGUAGGGGAAACGAUCUUCAUGCAGAUUGAGGCCACCUCGACAGCCAUUGACACCAUACUGUUUGUGGAGUCCUGCAGAGCUGCACCAUAUGACACCCCAAACUACUCGCCAACCUACUCCAUCAUUGAAGACGGAUGUUUUGUGGACCCAACUGUUAGAGAACACGCCCCCUCUAUCAAGAGGCAUUCCAGGUUCAGCAUGGAGGCCUUCAAGUUCAUCGGCUUGCAUGACCAGGUGUACAUCAGCUGUUCAGUCCUCAUGUGUAAAGCAGGGGACCCUAACACCAGGUGCUCACAGGGAUGCAUCGAGACCACAAAGCAAGGCUUUAGCCGCCGCGUAAAGCGAAAUGCUGCCACCCAGACUCUGAGUCACUUUGUUUCCCAGGGUCCCAUUCGCCUGAAGAGAUCAGCAGAGAGCACAGGAAGCCCAGUGAUGAAGCCUAAUGUGAACCUGGUUGUCGGCACUGGAUGGCUUCUCGCGGCUGUUGGCAUGAUCAGUGCAGUGGUCAUGUACAAAGGCAAAGGGUUGAGGGUCAAAUACCAACCUCUGAUUGAAUAUGAAAGCUCUGCAACAGCCUGAGCAGAAUACUCAUUCUGUUUAAACUGCAUUUCACCAUAUAAAGCUUAUUUUUGCUAUCAGAUAUUGGUUCAUAUACUGAAUUAAACUACAUGUAUAUUUGUAGUUACAUGUAGUUCACUGCUUCUCAAAUACUACAUGAAUGAAUUUUAUAUAAACGUCUUUAGAAACGCGUACAGAUAUAUUUGUAUCAGCUGAAAGGGGAAAAAAUCAGGGCCUUUGCAAAUAGGAAACCAAAUGGAAAGUUUUUUCCACUCAGCUGUUGGGUGCUCAGUUGUGGUGUUUACUGAUGUGGGAUUCUGUAGCUUUGCAGCUGCCUCUGCUAUUAUGUUUUACAGUACGGUUUCCAAGUAUCUUCAUCUUCACGUUGUAUAUGUGUGGUCCUCGCCAAGCUCAGUCAUUUCAUUGCACUGUUUUUACGGUUUGUGGAUCAAUAAAAACAUAAGUGUU